AUGACCUUGACCAAGAUUGAGCCCCAGAACCUGCGUACCCCCGGCCCGACUCCCAUCCCCGAGGACAUCGUCGACGAGAUGUCCCUGCCCAUGAUCAACCACCGGGGUCCCGAGUUCAAGGAGCUGAUCGAGGCCACCACCAACGGUCUGAAGCAGGUCUUCAUGACCACCAAUGACCUGUACAUCCUCACCUCCAGCGGCACCGGCGCCCUGGAGGCUGCGGUGGUCAACACCCUGUCCCCCGGCGAUAAGGUCAUCGCCGCCACCGCCGGCUCGUUCGGCGACCGCUUCGUGCAGAUCGCCGAGGGCUAUGGCGCCGACGUCAUCCGCAUGGAUUUCGAAUGGGGCGACGCCAUCGACCCCGAGGCCAUACGCGCCGAGCUCCACAAGGACCCGGAAAUCAAGGCCGUGCUGGUAACGCACAACGAGACCUCCACCGGCGUGACCCAUGAUCUGGAAUCCAUCGCUCGGAUUGUCAAGGGCGAGUUUAACAAGCUGCUGCUGGUUGACGCCGUUAGCAGCCUGGGCUGCAUCCCCCUGCCGGUGGACGGCUGGAAUUGCGACCUGGUGGCCACCGGCUCCCAGAAGGGUUUCAUGAUCCCGCCGGGGCUGGCCUUCAUCAGCAUCAGCGCCCGCGGCUGGGAAGCCUAUGAGGACGCCAAGAUACCGCGCUUCUACUUCGACCUGAUGGCCGCUGAGCGUUCCCUGUCCCGCGGGCAAACCCCGUGGACUCCCAACGUCGCCCUGCUCUACGGACUGCGGCUGGGGCUGGACCACAUCCUUGGCGAGGGCCUGGAGAAUGUUUACGAACGGCACGCCGAGGUCGCCGCGUACUGUCGCGCCGGCGUCAAGGCCCUGGGUCUGGAGCUCCUUGCCAACGACGAGUCCCGCGCCUCCAACACCGUCACCGGCAUCAAGAUGCCCGCGGACAUCGACGGCGGCAGGUUCAUGUCGAUGAUGCGCGAGGACGAAGGCGUGGUUCUCGCCGGCGGCCAGGGCAAGCUCACCGGCCACUGCUUCCGCAUCGGCCACCUGGGCUGGGUGACCAAGGAUGACAUCACCGAGGUGAUGGAGGCCCUGGAGCGCGUCCUUCCCAAGGUAGGUUUCAAAGGCUAA